AUGGCAUUCGACGCGAGGAAAUCGUGGGUCAAAAAGAAGGUCAUGGCAAUCUUAAACCUACAGGACUCCAGUGCCUGGAAUAACCUCAUAGCCAGAGAUGGUCAGAAGGCUGACAAGCAAUUGGAGCAGUUCUUAGAAGCUGGGAACACAGGGACAGCACUAUUUUUCGCUCUCACAAAGUCCUGUGACUCUCAAGAAGAGCUCCUCGAGAUGCAUACAUGCCCAGUCAAGUCAUCAAAGGGCCCAAGUGCCCACGUAUACGCACUGAGGCUCUGCUCUGGCCCUAUCGAUUUGACUGGAAAGGGCGUCGAAGAGAUGAAUCGGUGUAUGUUAGUUGGUCUUGUUGGCACUUCCAUUUUAGAGGACCUCUGCCAUAUUUUAGAGGGCUUCUUGGUGCCACUCCUGUCGUAUCGGCCUCAACCCAUAAACAGCGAUAACGCUGAACGGCCAACCGCAGCAACGGCUAUCGCUGGGAAGCCUGCUUCACCAGAAUAUCUGAGCGUCAAAGGCAAACUUGGUUCUUCGUCUUCUACAGAUUCACACCAACCAGAAACCGAAUCGCUGGCUGACAGCGAGGAUGGUGACUCAGACGGAUCUGCAGCAUCAUCAACACCAAGCAGACGCCCGUCAACAUCGGUAACAGAAAGAACAGCAGGCACUGCCAAUGUGGGCAGUCCAGGGUCCCCAGAAGAUGACGCUGCAGCCGAGGAGGCUCCGGACGAUAGUACCUCGGAAGAAAACGACUCUGGCUUGGACUCAGAAUGCAAGAGUGAAGCGCUUAGUGCAACUCAGGAGCUACUAGUGCAUCUUAAGGCUGCGUCGAAUAAAAUGGCAGUUCCACUUCCAAUGCCUGUUUUUGGCACAUCUUUCGGUUCGGGCGACGACAGUCGAACUGAACAAGACAAUGUAGUCGCAACAAUAGCACAGUGGAGGAACCUUAUAGUGGAACUAUUGGAGGCUGAGAACCAGCGCAAGCCCGACUGCUUUUUGCCGGUGUCAGAGGUCAAUUUUUGGAGGGACCGACAUACUGCAGUCUCCUUGCUGUACGAACAGCUUAACGCGCCGCUGUGCCAACAGGCAAUACAGUGGUGUGAAGAAAAACAACCAGAUUCAACCGUCGUACCAUCAUUUAAGAAGGCUUUGAAUGAACUGCAGCAGCUGCAUACAGAGUCCAUGAGCAAUGUUCGUUUCCUGUCAACUCUCGAGAGUACUCUAGAGACGAGCCCGCUUGGCCCCAUGGCGGACACGAUUGCCUCGCUAAUGAACGCUUUGCGGAUGGUAUGGGUAACAUCUAGACACUUCACCACUGACGAACGCAUGCAAAACCUGAUGGAGAGGAUUGCCUACCAGCUGGAGAUGCGCAUACGUCAAGACGUUUGCGUCGAACAGCUCCUACGGAAGGACGUGGGAGAGGCAAGCAUGAUAUUGCAGCAAUCGCGUGCCCUACUCGAAACAUGGAAAGCACAGUACUUCAAUAUGAGGUCCCGUCUUGAAGAGUCGGAAUGCAACAGAAGAUGGGAAUUUGACAGGAGAAAACUUUUUCGGACGACAGAUUACAUGGCUUCGAUAUGCUCGAAAUUCGAGGAGAUAGUCAAGACUAUAGGGCAGUUUAGGCGUUUUAUUGGUCCAAAGUUGCAUUCUGUCACCCGUUCUCGCCGAGCAGUUCUCAUUGGAUCAUUCGACUCCGUCUCGGACAGGGUAUUCUGUGAAAAGGACUCCGAGGAGGUCUCCACGACCGUGAAACAAUUCUGGCGACGGACAAUAGAGCUUGAAGACGCGUGCAUAACGUUCCUCGACACAAAGUUCACGAGGCUCCGUUCUGCUCUAAGCGCGUUUGAAAUGCUGAAGGAUUUCACAACCACUGCUAGCAGGCCUAGGAUAAACGAGAAACUUGGAGAGAAAUUUGUAGAUAUUCUGAAGCAUUUCAACACUGAGGUGGACCGGAUGCGUGACUUAUUCGAAGAAGGCCGGGAGAACCCGUGCUUACCUAGCCACAUGCCACCUGUUGCCGGAGCAAUUUUGUGGUCAAGUGGGCUCUUACAAGCCCUCAAAGCAAGUGUCUUGGCCUUCAAGCAGAUGCCAGAAGUCUUCGACUUCGAGCAGGCAGAGGAUGUCUUUGGCAAUUACCUGUCCUUUGCAAAAUCAAUCACAGCUUACCAAAAUUCCCUGGUGAAGCAAUGGCAGGCUGCUGCAGUCAGUACCGCAAGUGAAUGCUUAAAAUCUUACGUCCUCCGGCGUCAAGCCAACGGGUCAUAUGCCGUGAACUUCCGUCCAGACGUUUGGGUUGUAAUGCAAGAAGCCCGUUACCUGGAUCAGCUUGGUGUGCGUGAAGCCCCUGCGGCUGUUGUAAAUGUCGCUCUGCACAAGGUGAGAAUCAUGAAUUCGUUUCUGAGGGCUGUUCUCCCUGGCUUGACAACCUUAAAUUGGACAAGCUUGGGGCUAGAGGAUUUUGUGAGCUCGUGCCUUAAAUCUUUGACAAUAUUUAAAGCUACGUGCGAACAAGUUUUUAAGAACGUGGAAAUCAUUGAACAAAUUGUGAAGGAGAUUGAGGACUCACAAUUGGACUUCUAUGAAUACAUAGAGGAGCACAGGGCUCGCGUAGUCGAAGGGCUUCAAGCCAGAUACGAGGCAGUCACAUCUUACCUGAAAAAGAUAGAAGAGCUUCUUGAGGGCAGGAUGACUGGAUCCAGCGAAGCGAUGGCUGCUUACUAUCAUUAUUGGGAGCGCCGAAUAUUCAAUGCUAUAGCCACUAUGCUUAUUAAAGGUAUUAUCCCAGGGGGUGACGAGACAGCAGCGAUCCAGUUCACAUUUUACAAUGAGGUUGCCCGCAUACCGGCGCUCAUCAGUAGCACAGUUGCGACGCAUCAAGCCAUACAAAGGGCAUUCCAGCACAUCACAAAGUACGUGAAAAACUGGAGUAAGUAUGAAGAUGAGUGGGCCUUGUGGAACCCAGAUCGUAAAUCACAACUGGAACAGCUUAUCAUCAAGAGACCAAACUUGGUGUACUUCGACGUUUACGUUCGGGCCUACGACAAGCUUGCUGCAGAGCUAGGCGCGAUUCCUAAAGUAAAGACUGUCGCCUUUAUCCAACUCGACUCUUCGACAGUCAUUGAUGGAAUACAACAGCAGGCCCUGGUGUUAAGCAGAGCAUAUGCGGAUACGCUUCAUGAAAUUGCGAAGAGGGAGAGGAUGGAGUUGAAAAAACUGAUCAAUGAAAGGCGGAAAAGGCUUGAAGUGGAGACCGAUACAUUGGACAAAUUUAAGCUGCUUAUGGAAUCAGUGACGACCAUAAACGACAGUGCCAUGGAUGCAGAAAUAAGGCUGACAGAGAUGUGUGAAAUGUACAGUACUCUCCGAAGUUAUAAUUAUCCUAUUAGCCAAGCAGAGAUGAAUGAUUUAGCAGCUCUACCAAGUGAAUGGAAGGAACUGCGGAACCUGGCUCAUCACUUCAUGGUCGAGUGCAAGGCGCUUCAACAAAAGUUCCAAGAUUUAUCGUCCUCCGUUGACACUCCACUUACAGAGGGACGGCAAGCAAUGAUAGCCUUGGAGGAAGAAAUUGCCGAGUUCAAAACAAAGGCAGCAGAGCUCAACAAUGCGGAGAACUUGUUUUCACUUCCAGUAACUGCGUUCACUAUCUUGGACAAGCUUGAUGGAGAAGUCAAACAGCAAGGGCAGAUAUUUGCUUUAUUCGCUGACCACGAUACAAUGGUCAAUGAGUGGGCAUCGCAACUUUGGGCGAAGGUGGACUUCCAGGCAAUCCACAGAAACGUAUUUGGUUCACAGGCUUUCAUUCAAGUUACUCAACUUAUUAACGGUUUCCGAAGCGAGCUUCCCCUAAUCGAGAGACUGAAGAAUGAGGCCAUUCGGCCACAGCACUGGAAAGAGCUGAUGGCAGCGGCUGGGCAGACCUUUGACGCCGAAAACAAAAACUUCCGGUUGCAGGAUGUCUUGGAUCUACAGUUGGGUCGGGUACCUGAUGCUGUUAAUGAAAUCAUCCAGGCGGCUACGGAGGAAAUGAAGCUUGAGAAAGACAUUGCCAAAAUUGAGUCUUGCUGGCGACAGCAAACCAUUGAGACUGCCAAGUACAAAAAUGACGGGACGCGCUAUGUGCUGAAGUCGAAUGAUGAACUGAGAAUGUUGUUGGAUGACAACCUCCUUCAGCUCCAGUCCAUGUUGGGGUCCAGGUUCGCCUCAACUGUACUGGACAAGAUACGGAAGUGGGAGAAGUCCCUCAACAUCAUUCGUGAAGUCCUCGACGCGUGGCUGCAAGUACAAAGAAGAUGGAUGUACCUUGACGGAAUAUUCACCGAGUCUAUCGACAUCCGCCUGCAAUUACCCGAGGAAGCAAAGAAAUUCGAUGUGAUAAAUCGGCGGUUUCUAUCGAUUAUGAAGCAGACAAACGAAAACCCAAAUGUAUUGUCUGCGUUUUGCCUAGAGAACCGGCUUGGAGAAAUGAAAAGCCUUGCGGCAGAGCUCGACAGCUGCCAACGUUCCCUCUCCGACUAUCUGGAUGCCAAGAGAAUUAUGUACCCCAGGUUCUACUUCAUAUCUGAUGAUGAACUGCUAUCAGUACUUGGCUCAAGUGGUCAUGAAGCAGUGCAGCCUUUGAUGCUUAAGCUGUUUGAUAAUUGUAAAAGGCUUCAAAUAGAUGGUUCGGGACAGGUAGCCGGAAUGGAGUCCGAAGAAGGCGAAGCGUACCGUUUUUACGAGCCUGUAGUGACUGAAGGACCCGCUGAGGAGUGGAUGACAACAGUUGACGAGGCCAUGAAAACGUCCCUUCACAAAAUAACUAGGGAAGGAGUUUUCAUGUACGGUUGCGAGCCAAGAACACAGUGGAUUACCCAACAGCUGGGAAUGGUGGCAUGUGUGGGAUCUCGUAUUUGGUGGACUUGGCGAGUUGAGGAUGCCUUUGAGAGGAUCGAACAGGGGGACAAAAAUGCACUUCGUGAUGAGGUGGCCACUCAGCGUCAGCAGGUCAGCACUUUGAUCGAAGUGGUGCGGAAGCCACUAGAAUACCGAGCUAGGAAAAAGGUGAAUACGCUGAUUAUCUUGGACGUGCAUGCACGAGACCUUGUUGAGAGAUUCGUCCAGAAUGCGGUGUUCAGCGCCAACAGCUUUGAAUGGGAGAGCCAAUUGCGCUUCUACUGGGACAAAUCAAUAGACGACAUUGAAAUACGGCAAUGCACUGGGCAGUUCAGAUAUGGAUACGAGUACCAAGGUCUCAAUGGCCACCUGGUCAUCACUCCUCUGACGGAUAGGUGUAUUAUGACUCUUACAACGGCCCUCACAUUCUGUUUAGGAGGCGCCCCGGCUGGUCCGGCUGGGACAGGUAAAACCGAAACAGUAAAGGACUUGGCCAAGUCGUUAGCCAUUCGCUGCGUCGUCCAGAAUUGUGGUGAAGGGCUAGACUACAAGGCAAUGGGGACAAUUUUUUCGGGACUUGUGCAAACUGGCUUCUGGGGUUGCUUCGAUGAAUUUAACCGCAUCAACCCAGAGGUGCUUUCUGUAGUAUCCGCUCAAAUCAAGGCAAUACAGACGAGUCUACAAAACGGCAAAGGUUCUGUCGAACUGCUCGGCAAGAGCCUGAAGUUUAUACCCACAGUGGGAAUUUUCGUAACAAUGAAUCCCGGUUAUGCUGGAAGAUCUGAGCUCCCCGACAACCUUAAGGCGUUGUUCCGCCCCGCAACUAUGACCGUACCUGAUAUGGCCAUGAUAUGCGAAAUAAUGCUAAUAUCAGAGGGCUUUCAGGAGGCUCGAAUACUCGCUAGGAAGAUGACGGUUCUGUACAAGUUAGCGGCGGCUCAGUUAUCGAAGCAGUAUUUCUACGACUUCCAACUAAGGGCACUGAAGGCCGUUCUUGUUAUUGCGGGGUCUAUGAAGCGCACAGCGCCGGACACUCCAGAUGAUUUGCUCUUAAUGAGGGCCCUACGCGACAUGAAUAUUCCCAAACUAGUUAAACCGGAUGUGCCAUUGUUCCUAGGGCUCUUAAGCGAUUUAUUCCCCAAUGUGACGUGCGAGCGAAUGGCGCUUCCUAAGCUGAAGGAAGCAAUCGAGCAGGAAUUAGAGAACAAAGGGUUCAAGUGCCGAUCUAAGCGGGAGUUCGACAAUCAGGUCGACAAGGUCGUACAACUGUACGAGACAAUGGAAACAAGGCACUCUACAAUGGUUGUAGGAACAACAGGAGGUGGAAAAACAGUUAUAAUUGAAACUCUCGCAGCUGCCCACAAAGUGGCAUUCGAUGAAGUCGUGAAGGUGCUUCCUAUGAAUCCAAAAGCUCAAGGGACAGACGAAUUGUACGGAGUGCUGGACCCUGUCUCACGAGACUGGACGGAUGGCCUUCUCUCAAAGAUAUUUCGGGAUGCGAACCAGCCUUUACCACCUGGGCGAAAGGAGAAGCGCUUUAUUUUGUUUGAUGGAGAUGUGGACGCAGUCUGGGUAGAGAGUAUGAACUCCGUUAUGGAUGACAACAAACUUCUAACAUUGUCCAAUGGAGAGCGCAUUCGGCUGGAGAAGCACUGCGCACUGCUUUUUGAGGUUUCGGACCUCAAAUAUGCCUCUCCAGCAACGGUUUCGCGUUGCGGAAUGGUGUACGUGGACCAGCGGGACCUCGGCAGUGCACCCUACUACGAUGCUUGGGCGAGAAGCAAAUCGAAUGAACAGCUACUAGAGAUUCUGGACUACUUGUGGGAAAAGUAUGUCCCGCAGUGCCUGGCAUUCAUCCUGCACGAUAAAGGAAGAGAGGAUGAGGCUCCUCUGCCUGCCAAAUGCAUAUAUAGAACGGACGUCAGCAUGGUUGCACAGCUCUGCAAAGUCAUGGACAUCAUGGUUCCAGAGGCUCUUUAUGCAGAGCCAAAUCCAGAAAGGCUCGAAAACGCUUUCAUCUUUGCCUUAGUCUGGUCCCUUGGAGCAACGCUUACGGGGGAAGAACAACCACGCCUCGAUGCACUUUUGAAGACACUCUCAGGAAAAGCUUCCAUAAGCCAAAGUUUGUUUGACAGCUUUUACGAGCUACAGUCAAACUCAUGGCUUUCGUGGGAGUCUAAGGUCCCACAGUACUGUCCAGAAGCGGGGAUUUCUUUUACAAGCAUCUUCGUUCCCACUACGGACACUGUCCGGGCAAUGUGGCUUCUUCAAGGUUUUGCUUCAAAGGCUCUUCCAACGCUUUUUAUUGGGGAAUCAGGGACUGCUAAAUCUAUGAUGACCAAGGGUUGGCUGAACACCCUAGACAGUGAGGAAUACCUGCAACUCCAAAUGAAUUUCAGUAGCAGGACUAGCUCUCUUGAUUUCCAAAAGGCAUUGGAAGAUAACAUUGACAAGAGAAUAGGGCGUGUGUACGGGCCCCCCUCUGGGAAAAUACUGAAGGUGUUUUUGGAUGAUCUCAAUAUGCCAACGGUUGACAUUUAUGGCACUCAGCAGCCUAUAGCCCUGCUGAAGUUCGUGAUGGAAAGGAUGUUCUUCUAUGAGAGGGGCAAAGAUCUUGAGAAAAUUAUCCUGAAAGAUGUCCACUUCCUCGGGGCCAUGAACCCCCCCGGAAAUGGCCGUAAUUCCGUGGAUCCAAGAGCUAUUUCCCAGUUCUUUUGCUUCAAUAUCCAGUCCCCAUCUCAAGAAUCAGUAAAGCGAAUAUUGUCUACCAUUCUAGACCUGAAAUUCGGCCCCGACUGCACGGCACUUAAGCCUGUGCUCACAAAGUUGCCGGCGGCCACACUGACCCUCUAUGAAAGUGUGGUGGAGAAAAUGAUGCGUACACCUAAGAAAUUUCACUACAUUUUCAACAUGCGCGAUCUUUCGCGUAUUUACCAAGGGAUAUGGCACGCGAACCUGCCGCCUUCUAUAGAUGGGAAAUCAAUCCUUCGCCUGUGGAGGCACGAAAGUCUCCGAGUCUUUGAAGACAGGCUAAUAGAUGAAGAGGAAAAGCACUACCUAGAGCAUGUAAAGUUGAAGCAAAUAAUCGAAGACACAUUUCCAGACUGCGCAGAGCACGCUUUGAGGGAUCCUAUUGUAUGGACGGAGUUCCCGAGCGCCCUCAAGCUCCUAGAGGCUGAAGAGAAGGCGGAUUCUCCGAAUAGAUCAUACGACGAUCAUGCGUCUUUCGAAGAAAUCCGGCCAUUGCUCGAGCGCCUCUUGGAGCUUCACAAUUUUGAUCGGAAGCCCAUGCACUUAGUUAUGUUUGAGGAUGUCAUCGCUCACCUAGCGCGGGUUCACAGAAUAAUUCGAAUGGAAAGGGGUCAUGGCCUCUUAGUUGGAAUGGGUGGCUCUGGCAAGCGCAGUGUCGCCACUCUAGCAAUCUACAUUUCCGGGUACAAUCAUUUUUCGCUUUCACCGAUGCGAUCCUACGGUGAGGCGGAUCUCAAAGAGGACCUUCGACAGCUGGUAACUCUGGCAGUCAAGGAGCGGCAGUGCCUGCUGUUUUCGGAUGCUGAUAUCAAGCUUGAGUGCUUCCUUGAAUACAUAAAUAACCUCUUAACAGUUGGAAUGGUUCCAGCACUUUUCGCUGACGACCAAAAGGAUGCCCUUAUUGCUGCAAUAAGGGGCGCUGCCAAGGAAGAGGGCGCUCGAGAGGACGCUCUUUGGAAUUAUGCAAUGAACAAAGCUAAAGGGAACAUGCACAUUCUUCUCGCCAUGUCGCCGUCUGGAGACUCACUGCGUACUCGUUGUCGCAACUUCCCAGGUCUCGUAUCGUGCACCAGCGUGGACUGGUUUCAACCCUGGCCAGUAUCGGCACUUGCUGCUGUUGCAACGGUACUCCUGCAAAAUGAAGACCUUCCGCAAGAACACCGAACGGUUAUAGAGCAGCACGUCGUUAGAAUCCAUGACAGUGUAACCACCAUCUAUGCCCCAGAAUUCGAGGCAAAACUUGACCGUGCAACUUACUCUACUCCUAAAAACUAUCUUGACUUCCUCAAGACGUACAAGGGAAUGCUAAGGGCAAAACGCUGUAACAUAGAUCAGCUGAGCACUCGCCUAGAAGGAGGGCUACAGAAGAUGAACAGUGCAGCGGAGUCGGUCAAGAUAAUGAAUGCUCAAGUCACAGCUAAAAAGGUGGUGGUGGACGAGAAAAAGAGAAGCAUAGAAGAGCUUAUUUCUAGUAUCAAUGAGAAAAGCUCCAAGGCCAGCCAAAGAAAGGAAGAGGCUCGUGCCACCGAGCGACAAAUAUCUCAGGACCAAGUUACUAUCAACCAAGAAAAGGCCAGCGCAGAUGAGGCGUUAGCUGCAGCAAUUCCAGCAUUGGAAGCUGCAGCAAGAGCCCUUGAAAAUCUCGACAAGAAAGAUAUCACAGAGAUAAAGGCAUUUAUGACUCCCCCGAAGCCCGUCAUGAAUGUGUGCAUGUGUGUCGUGGUCCUACGACCCCUUGGGAAAGAAAAUGAAGCCGACGGGUGGAACGGAGCCAAGGCGAUGCUGAAUGACGUCAAUUUCCUCAAAAGCCUCGUUGAGUAUCCUAAAGACAGCAUUUCUGACCGGCAAGUGAAAAAGGUGAUGGAAUACUUUAACAAGGACCCGGACUCAUUUACGAGCGAAAAGAUGGCCAAGAUUUCAAAGGCGGGGAACGGGCUGCUGACGUGGGUCAAGGCAAUGCUACAGUACCAUGAGGUUGCAAAAGGGGUGGAGCCAAAAAGACGACUUGUUGCAGAGCUACAGCAGAAGCAGGAUGAGGCAGAAGCCAACUUGACGAAAAUAAGGGAGGAGCUCCGCCUUCUGGAGGAGCAGCUGGCUGCUUUAAUGACGGAACAGAAGCAGCAGACGGAUACUUUGCGUGAGGUGGAAGCUGAGGCAAAAGUGAUGGAACGCAGGCUUGAAGCAGCCUGCAAGCUGAUUGAGGGGCUUGAAUCGGAAAGACGCCGCUGGACAGAAGAUCAUGAAGCGUGCAGCGAUACACGCACCCGGCUUGUCGGCAGUUGUCUAAUCGGUGCAGCAUUCCUCUCAUACGCAGGACCAUAUACCCUGGAGUUCAGGAAUCGUAUGGUUUAUGAUCACUGGGCGUCGGAUGUCAAAGAAUCUGGCGUCCCAAUAAAUGAUCCAUUUAAGAUUGAGGGUCUGCUGACGAAUGACGCAGACAUCGCAAAGUGGAAUAAAGAAGGGCUACCAGCAAAUGAAAUGUCCAUUCAAAACGGCAUCCUUACCACAAUGUCUUCUCGUUGGCCCCUUUGCAUUGACCCUCAAAUGCAGGCGGUGAAGUGGAUACAACAUCGCGAGGAAGAGCAUAGUUUGGUGACGAAGACAUUUGCUGAUGAUUACAUGAAGUACCUUGAGCUCGCAAUUCAAUACGGGAAACCGUUUCUCUUUGAAUCAGUUGAAACUGAAAUUGACCCAUCAAUCGAUCCUGUCUUAGAACGGAACCUAGCCAUACAGAAUGGGCAAAAAGUUGUAACACUGCUGGGGAAGCAAAUUGACUGGAAUGACAACUUCUGCUUGUACAUGACAACCAAAUUGUCAAAUCCUAAGUUUAGUCCUGAAAUCAUGAACAAGACGAAUGUUAUUAAUUACCAGGUAACAAUGAGUGGACUCGCUGAGCAGAUGCUAGCAAUAGUCGUUGGUAACGAAGUGCCCGAGUUAGAAAGCCAGCGUCAAGAGCUUGUACAACGCAUGAGCGAAGGCCGUCUAAUGCUGAAGGUACGUGACGCAGCAAGUGGGUUUACACUGCUUUAUGAGUCUCAUGAAGAUACACCUGCCAACGCCUACGAGCGUGUGCAGCAUCUUGAGAAUACGCUACUUCAUGAGCUUGCACACUCAAAAGGAAGCCCCCUAGACAACGAGGACCUGAUUGAGACCCUCCAAAAUACGAAAACGAAAGCUCUUGAGAUAGAACAGUUUCUUGAAGAGGCUAAGUCAACUUCGAAGCGGCAGGAGUUUUAUAGUGUUGCAAAGCGAGGAAGCGUCGUGUACUUCAGCAUGGAUGGAAUGCGCAACCUAUCGCCCAUGUUGGAAUACUCACUUGAUGCAUUCUUGCACACUUUCCGAGUCGCAUUACGAGAAGCGCGCCAAGAUAGAAUACUGGAGAACCGAUUAAAGAGUCUUGUAGAUAAGGUCACGCAACUGUCUUAUGAUUAUAUAAGCCUUGGUCUUUUUGAAAGUCAGCGGCUCAUUUUUGCUUUCCAUCUGACAACAAUGAUCAUGCGGCAUGACGGAAAGCUUCCUGAAGAAGAGUUGGACUUUUUCUUGAAGGGGAGUAACACAAUAUCAGAAGGGGAAACGAAACCUGGAGAGCUCAGCUGGAUACCAGAUAGUGGAUGGAAUGAUCUAUUCAAGUUACGUACAGUCAGUCCAGCAUUCCAUGGGCUUCAGGAAAACGUCCUUGCUGAACCUCAGGCUUGGAAGGAGUGGGCAGAAGAUGAUUCGGCUGAAAAAGCAGAGAUGCCUGGGCAGUGGAGCAGAGUAUUGACCCCCUUUCAAAAGUUAAUAGUUGUCCGUGUUUUCCGUGUGGACCGAGUCCAUAACGCCAUCAAAAAUUUUAUUCAGUGGAGAUUAAAUGAGCACUACGUACAGUCGCCAACACUUCAAUACUCGAAAAUAUAUGCUCAAUCCUCUGAGCUUUCUCCAAUACUUCUGAUAUUGUCUCCGGGGGCCAACCCUUUCGCUGCCGUAUCUGCUCUUGCUGAGUCAAUUGGCCUUGCAGAUAUGAAGAAACCUCACAAGGGCUUCCGGCUGUGGCUAACUACGCAACCAACACAAGAAUUCCCUCUCAGCAUCCUGCAGGUGUGCAUGAACUUCAAAGUUCCUGUCGUUGGCCCUAUGACUCAGCACGGUGUGAUUCACAAACCAAAAGCACACAUGUGUGGCGCUACUCAGGAGAGACGUAAAUACGGGAAAAUUGGAUGGAAUGUGCCCUACGACUUUAAUGAAUCCGACUUGUCCAUAUCUCUCAGUCUCGUGAAAAUGUAUUUGAGUAAAUCUUCUAAAGCUCCUGACGGACCAGAAGCGGACAGUCCUUCCGAGAAACUGUACACAGGUGGUCCUUCGCCGAAGGCAUCAGAUAUUCCUUGGGAAACACUGCGGUAUUUGAUUGGCGAGGCAAUGUACGGCGGGCGUGUCACUGACGACUAUGACAGGCGAGUGCUAGCGACGUACCUGGAAGAGUAUUUGGGGGAGUUCGUCUUCGACAGCUACCGGCAGUUUUCCUUCUGCAAAGUGCCCAUCAGCUACGCUCUACCGGCAGACAGCACGAGUGCAGGACAUAUUGAAUUCAUAAAGAUGUUUGCAAAGCUUUCUCUGCAGAACAUGCCAGCAAGCAACACCCCUGAAGUAUUCGGCCUCCACACCAAUGCAGAAAUCGGUUAUUUCGUAGAGAAUGCAAAAAGCAUUUGGCAUGGACUUUUGAAGAUCAACAUUGCGAACUCUUCUGGAAAUAACAGUGACUCAGCGGUCGGAAGUCUCAAAGAAGAAGCGCUGGGAGCAACGAUCAAGGAAAUACUGGACAAAUUACCUGAGAAAGGCCUCUAUGCGACUUCAGGCGCCGAAGCACUCACCCCUACACAAGUUGUCUUGGCUCAGGCACAUUCGUUUUUGACUGCUCUCAUUCAAGUCACGAGCCGCAAGAAGAAAGUAGCCUUAGACAAGCUGGUGCUCUCAACAGAGGUUACACAGCUGAGCUCCUCUUCUCAGAUUGAGGAGAGCCUGGAACACGGCGCCUACGUAGAAGGAAUGUACAUUGAGGGCGCUAGAUGGGACAGCUCGCUGGAGCGGUUGGCUCCGCAGACACCUCGGAAGUUGUCGGAAGAAAUGCCUCUUGUAAAAGUGAUUCCUAUUGAGUCAAACCGACUCAAUGUACGCAGUCUUCUGCGCACUCCCGUGUACGCCACAGAAGGCCGCCGGAACGCCAUGGGCGAGGGUUGGGUCUUUGAUGCUUGGCUGCCUUUUUCUGAGCAUGCCUCUUUCUGGGUGUUGUCUGGGACUGCAUUAGUGCUGCAAACGAGCGACUAA